AUGUCCGCCUCUGAGGUGGAUGGGGGAGCUGUAGUGGCAUACUGCAUGCCCGCAGGACCAAAUUUUCAAAGGGUAUAUGUCAAAGUACAUGGAUAUAUAGCACUAAUAAUUUGUUUACUUGGCUCAGUGGCAAAUUCAGUAAACAUUGCAGUACUCAGCCGAAAAGAAAUGAUGUCAUCAACAAAUUCUAUUCUGACCGCACUCGCUGUUGCCGAUCUCCUAGUAAUGCUCGACUACAUACCUCUAGCACUUCAUAUUUAUACAAACAUUGCGGACGAGCUCAACCGUAACUCCUACGCCUGGGCACUAUUUGUGUAUUUUCAUUCCAUAUUCAGUCAGACAUUUCAUACCAUUUCAAUAUGGUUAACAAUAACGCUGGCUAUUUGGAGAUUUGUAGCUAUAAAAUUUCCACAGAAAAAUAAGACGCUUUGCAAUAGAAGAAAUACAAAUAUUGCAAUAGCUGUGGCUUAUGUUGUGUGCCCAAUAGUUUGUCUUCCUAUUUAUUUUGCUAUGGAUAUACAGGAGAUAACAAAAUCACACAGCGAAAGUGACAAUACGACAAUGAAUGGCACAGAUUUCCUAAACAAAUCGUCAAUCAAAGAACCAAUGUAUGCGAUAUCUAUGACCAAUAAUCAAAAUUUAUUGACGGCCAUAUUUUGGAUUUACAGUGUUUUCCUAAAACUGAUCCCUUGUGUUGUUUUAUCUAUAUUGAGUGUGUGUCUUAUAUUGAAAAUGAAAUCCAGCGACAGAAGACGACAAAAAUUACUGAAAAAAUCUGCAAUCGCGACGAAUGAGGGUGAGAAGACGCGUCUUCAUGAAGAGGGGAAGCGUGGCGGUCGAACCGAUCGAACGACUAGGAUGCUGGUCGCAUUGCUAGGCUUGUUCCUAGCAACGGAAUUGCCGCAAGCUUUAUUCGGACUACUCACAGCUAUUGCACCACACUUAUUCGAAAUAUGCUAUUACGCUUUUGGUGAGGUGAUGGAUUUGAUGGCGCUGGUGGGUUCGGCUGUAAACUUUGUGUUGUAUUGCAGUAUGAGUCGACAGUUUCGUUCGACAUUUAGGCGGCUGGCGAGUAAACUGUUGCCUUUAUCCGUUGAACGUGAUAAUGAGCCAGUGACCACAACCACAACUGUCAAAGCAUCUUGA